AUGGCGCCCGCCCGGGCCGCCAAGCGCCCCAAGCUGGAUCCCCCCGCCGCCUCCACCUCCUCCGCCGGCGCGCCUCACCAGCGCGGCGACGACGACUACGUGCCGGGCAACAUCGUGGAGAUCGAGCUCUGCAACUUCAUGACCUACGACCGCCUCGUCUGCCGCCCCGGCCCGCGCCUCAACCUCGUCGUCGGCCCCAACGGCUCCGGCAAGAGCUCCCUCGUCUGCGCCAUCGCCCUCGCCCUCGCCGCCGACCCCGCCAUCCUCGGCCGGGCCGCCAGCGUCAGGGCCUUCGUCAAGCGCGGCGAGGAGUCCGGCCACGUCCGCCUCUCCCUCCGCUCCCAGGACCAGGGCCGCGACAUCGGCAUCACCCGCAAGAUCGACACCAACAACAAGUCCGAGUGGCUCCUCGACGGCGCCACCGUCCCCAAGAAGGACAUUAUCGACGUCAUCAAAAAGUUCAACAUCCAAAUCAACAACCUCACUCAGUUUUUGCCCCAAGAUCGGGUGUGCGAGUUCGCAAAGCUCACCCCCAUCCAGCUGCUAGAAGAGACCGAGAAGGCCGUGGGCGAUCCCAAUUUACCUGUUCAGCAUCGCCAGCUUAUAGAAUGGAGCAAGGAGCUCAGGAUUCUUCAAGUGGCCGUAAAGCAAAAGGAGCAGACCUUGAACAACCUCAAGGCCCUCAGCGCCGAACAAGAAAAAGAUGUCCAACGUGUCCGCCAAAGAGAUAAGCUCCUCAAGAAGGCUGAGCUAAUGAAGAAGAAAUUGCCGUGGCUCAAAUACGACGCCAAGAAGGCGCAAUUCCUUGAGGCGCAGGAGGAGGAGAAAAGUUUCAAGAAGAAAAUGGAUGAUGUAACCAAAAUCUGGCAAGAUGCAAAAGCCCCCAUCGAAGGGCUCAAGAAAGAGAAAACGACAAUUACUUCAAGUAUGAAGAAGAUAGCCAACCAAAUAAAUCAAAACACAAACAAGCGUCGGGAAGUUACAGAUGACGAGAUUCAGCUGAGUGCACGAUUGAAAACCACGCUUGAUGACAUAGAAGAUCUGAAAAGGCAUGAAAAGAAUCUGCAACAAAAGAUCUCAAAGGCUAAGGAAGGUCUUGCUGCUGCUGAAAGGGAACUUCAAGAUCUACAACCAUACGAACCACCUAGAGAUGAAAUGACACAACUAACAAAUGAUAUUGGACAUAAAAUUUCUGGCAUAAACAAGCUGAAAUUCAUACGGAAAGAGAAGGAGCAGCAGUUAACACAAGAGAGAGAAAAUCUGAGGAAGUGUUCUGAUAGGUUGAUGCAAAUGGAAAGUAAGAACAAUAAGCUACUCCAAGCAUUGCAAAGAGCUGGUGCUGAAAGAAUCAAUGAAGCAUACUCUUGGGUGCAGAACAACAAAAAUAUGUUCAGGGGAGAAGUUUAUGGGCCUGUUCUCCUUGAGGUCAAUGUUCAGAGUAAAACUCACGCUGGUUACUUGGAAAGCCAUGUUCCAAACUAUAUAUGGAGGUCAUUCAUUACACAGAAUGCUUCCGACCGUGACCUCUUGGUUAGACAACUGAAGCAAUAUGGUACUCCUAUUCUGAACUACACAGGGGGCAAUAGCAUCAUGUGUGAGCCAUUGAACAUUACCCCAGAGAUGAAGCAACUUGGGAUCACAUCAAGACUCGAUCAAGAGUUUGAUGCUCCUCCUGCUGUAAAAAAUGUUUUGAUUACUCAGGCUUCAGUGGAUCAAUCGUAUAUCGGUACAAAUCAAGCAGAUCAGAGCGCAGAUGAUGUGGUAAAGUUAGGUAUUAAUGACCUUUGGACUCCACGUAACCAUUAUCGAUGGACCAGAUCAAGAUAUGGUGGCCAUUUGUCAGCAAAUGUAGAUUCAAUCUACCCGUCGCGCCUCUUCAUGUGCGCUUUUCUUGCAGACGUGAAUGUUAGUGACAUUGAAAUACUUCAAUCUGAAAAGGAUGAACGCACAAAAAAUGUUGAAGGCAUGGAGGAAGCCUUAAAAGAGCUCCAGAAAGAUCAGAGAAAAUUAGAAGAUGAAGAGGCAGAAUUCCGCAAGAAAAAGGAAGCGAUUACUGACAGGGUGAGGAUUGAAAAGAAGAAGCGAGAAGACCUACAAAGGCGUGUUGAUUUGAGAAGAAGAACUCUGGAGGACAUAUCAAAAGAGGAGGAUGUGGAAUCCAGCACAAGAAAGCUUACUGAUCGGCUAGCUAAGUUAAAUGAUGAUCGAUUUCGAGCAUUGCUAAAACUCAAGAAUUUACUUGUUGAAGCUGUUGCUCUCAAAUGGAGUUAUACAGAAAAGAACAUGGCUUCUAUUGAGCUUGAUACAAAGAUAUGGGAGAUGGAAAAGGAUGUGAAGAAACAUGAAAAGGAUGUUGCUGGCGCUGCCAAAGAAUAUGAAAACCGUAAAAAAACCACUCAAGAGCAUAAGCAGGUGAUGCUUAAGGCAAAACAGCAUGCAGAGUCAGUAUCUAUGAUCACAGACGACCUUGCAAAAGAGUUUGAGAAGAUGGCUACUACUAUAGAAGACCUGGAGCUUGCAAUACAAGACACUGAAUCGGAAGCAAAUUCUAUGCUAUUCCUCAAUCAAAACGUUUUGCAGGAGUAUCAAAACCGGCAACGUGAGAUUGUAUCAAUAUCAACAAAACUGGAAGAUGAUAAAGCAGAAUAUGAGAGGUGCUGCUCUGAAAUAGAAACUACAAAGGGUAAAUGGCUUCCAACUCUCCGAAGUCUUGUUUUAAAAAUAAAUGACACCUUUAGUCGCAACUUCCAAGAAAUGGCUGUUGCUGGAGAAGUUUCACUUGAUGAGCAUGGUCUCGAUUUUAGUCAAUACGGUAUUCUUAUAAAGGUGAAGUUUAGGCAAACCGGUGAGCUGCAGGUGCUAAGUGCUCAUCACCAAUCUGGAGGGGAGCGGUCAGUUUCUACCAUCCUGUAUCUCGUAUCGCUCCAAGAUCUUACAAACUGCCCAUUUCGGGUGGUUGAUGAGAUAAAUCAAGGAAUGGAUCCCAUAAACGAGAGGAAGAUGUUCCAGCAGCUUGUGAGGGCGGCGAGCCAACUCAACACACCACAGUGCUUCCUGCUGACACCCAAGUUGCUGCCUGAUUUGGAAUAUAGCGACGCGUGCAGCAUCUUGAACAUCAUGAACGGUCCCUGGAUUGAGAAACCAGCCCAUGCUUGGCGCGGGGGAGAUAGUUGGAGAAGCGUCAUGGGCUUGGCUGGGAGCGGGAAUUGA